CGGGGGCAGAACCGCCACACUCAGUAAAAACCGGUACAAACUGUUCUCUAGGAAUUUGACCAGAAUGCAAACAGAGCUCAGGUCUACGCUAACCGUUUUAGCUCAUUUUGGUGCCGUCGCCGCUGAAUUAGACGCAGUUAUGACUUCACGAUAAAUACCUCGAGCUGACAUGGCUAUCUUAUACUAGUUCCGUAUUCACCGUCUCCUUGUUGUUGGGACAAACAAGAUUCAUCAUGACCAAGGACAUAGUUGUAGGAGAUGAGUUGCCAGAUUGGGUCGGAGCCAAGGAGUUUUACCAGAAGUAUGACCCUAAAGAAGUGAUUGGGAGAGGUGUGAGCAGUGUGGUGCGCAGGUGUGUGCACAGACACACAGGUCAAGAGCUGGCAGUGAAGAUUAUUGAGAUCACAGCAGAGAAGAUGACAGCCCAGCAGCUAGAGGAGGUGAAGACUUCCACAUUGAAAGAAAUCCAAGUUCUCAACAUGGUGAAGGGACACUCUUCCAUCAUCACCCUCAUUGAUUCCUAUGAGUCCACAACGUUCAUAUUUCUAGUAUUUGACCUCAUGAGACGAGGAGAGCUGUUUGACUACCUCACAGAAAAAGUCACUCUGAGCGAGAAGGAGACCAGGUGUAUAAUGCGAGCUCUGCUGGAGGCUGUGGAGUACCUGCACUCCCUGAACAUUGUCCACCGCGAUCUGAAACCUGAGAACAUUCUUCUGGAUGAUCAUGGGCACAUCAAGCUCUCUGACUUUGGUUUCUCUGUGCAGCUUCAACCUGGAGAGAAGCUCAGAGAGCUUUGUGGAACACCUGGCUAUUUGGCCCCUGAAAUACUAAAAUGUUCCAUGGAUGAACUGCAUCCAGGCUAUGGCAAGGAGGUUGAUCUCUGGGCAUGUGGAGUCAUCCUCUUCACCCUAUUGGCCGGCUCACCGCCGUUCUGGCAUCGCAAGCAGAUGCUGAUGCUGAGGAUGAUCAUGGAGGGCCGCUAUCAGUUCAGCUCCCCGGAGUGGGAUGACAGGUCUGACACUGUGAAGGAUCUGAUAUCCAGGCUGUUGGUGGUCGAUCCAGCUGUCCGCCUCACCGCAGAGCAAUCUUUAGCACACCCCUUCUUCAGACAGUACCAGAAGGAGGAUGUGCGCCUCUUCAGUCCCAGAAAGACAUUCAGGGUGUUGAUAGUAAGCGUGCUGGCCUGUAUCAGGAUUUAUGGCCGUUACCGCAGGGCUCGACCACUGACCCGGGAGGUGCUGGCCAGAGAUCCUUACUCCCUCCGCGGCGUCCGCAAGCUCAUCGACGGCUGCGCCUUCCGUAUCUACGGCCACUGGGUGAAGAAAGGGGAGCAACAGAACCGAGCAGCCCUCUUUCAAAACACAGCAAAGAUCAUGCUACUGGGCCUGGAGGACUUUGAAACAUAAACGGUCAACCUCAUUCCUAAACAUGCUCAUUUUUAUUUAACCGUGUGCAUGUGCUGUCGAGUCAGUGUUUGCCUUGUCAAGUUACUGUUUAAUUCUAAAAUGUGCAAUUCAGGGAUCAAGCCGUUUGCUGCUUGUGUGGCUUAAUGCACACCACAGCUCUGCAAGCUCAAGAUGAUUGCAUGCCUCAAUAUUCCUUAUCUGUGUGUAUAUCCAAGGUCGUCACUAUUUGAAACUCUUCCUGUCACUGUGCACUUUGCAGUGGAGAAUUUGCACAAUCAUGAUAGAACUAAUAAUAUAAAUAUAUUGUGUAUAUUUAGGAUUUUACAUGCUGGGUGUGCAUUAUUAAGUGUUGUGAAGUGGAAAUGAAAGCACUGUGAUUAGUUAUUUUUACAAAAACUUAAAUACUGUGUUAACACUUAGAGUUGCAGAUAUUCCAGUAUUAUACAUUAGUACUGUAGGACAUGUGUGAAACGAUUAAGAUAAAUGGAGUGUUUUUGUGUGUAAUCCCAUCUUGCGUGCAAACAUUCCUCAAAAGCAAAGUCCACUCACUAACUGUGAAAACACCAUUGCUCACUCAGUUCAUUCAUCAGUCUACUAAGAAGCAUUUUUUUCAUUGAAGUGCCUGCUUCAGAAAUGUAUAGUUAUUGUACAAAUGCAGAUAUAAACAGUACUGUAUGUGCACAGUAAGAUUUUAUUGACAAUAAAACAAAUGUUUGAAUUGUCUAAUUUCA